AUGUACCGCGCAAAGCUGCUAGUGAUUUUUACGUUUUUGUUGACAUGUGGGGCGCUGGAGCUGGAACCAUUUUACGAAUUCGUUUCAGAAAAAUUCGAACAAAUACAAAAGUUUGAAUUACCGACCAAUAAUGAAAAAGUAUUUAGGACAAAUGACACCAAAAUAUUCGAUUUUGGCCGCUAUGAUUUUAUUAUUGUUGGUGCUGACGCAGGCGGAUCAGUUUUAGCUAACCGAUUAUCCGAAAUAAGCUCAUGGAAAAUAUUAUUGUUAGAAGCUGGAGGUGAGACUGAUGACUUUAGCGAUGUUCCUGAGUUUAACAAUUAUCUACAACAAACAGACAUGAAUUGGGGGUAUCUAACAGCUCCACAAACUACGUGUUGUCAAGGGAUGGAAAAUCACCAAUGUAUGUAUCCAAGAGGAAAAGUAAUAGGAGGUUGUACUACUUUAAAUGCUGCGAUAUACGCUAGAGGAAGUCCUUCAGACUUCAACAGUUGGGUAGCAAUGGGUAACCCUGGAUGGUCAUAUGAAGAAGUUCUUCCGUACUUUAAAAAAUCGGAAUAUGUGGCAAUGGAAUCGUACGACAAAUACUACCACGGCACAGAAGGCGUAUUGUUUGUUAAUCAUACAUCGCCAAAUUCGACGAUGGGUGAGACAGUUCUAAAAGCUCAUAUGGAAAAAGGUUUAAAAGAAGUAGAUUAUAAUGGAGAACACCAGCUUGGAGUUUCCAAAGUUCAGUUUAAUCAAAAAGACCACAAGCAUCAGACAAGUGAGCAUGCUUUCCUCGAUGCUAUUAAAAAUAGAGAUAAUUUAAAAAUAGUUCUUAAUGCAGCUGUUAAUCAGAUAUUGUUAACGAAGCAUAAGGCCAAAGGAGUUACUUUUGUGAAAAAUGGAAAAAUCUAUAAGGCAAAAGCCAAGAUGGAAGUAAUAUUAUCUGCCGGAGCUAUCAACACUCCACAACUUUUAAUGCUUUCUGGAAUCGGUCCUAAAAAACAUCUUAAAGACCUAGCAAUUCCGGUUAUUGCAGAUCUACCAGCAGUUGGUCAACAUCUACUAGAUCAUCCUUUAUUUGUUAAUAUUUAUUUCAGAACAAAUAUAUCUACUCCCAAUAACUCUUUAAAAGAAAACCUUCAGUUAUAUUUAGAAGGUAAAGCUCCUUUAACGAAUGGUGCUUCCUUAGAACAUCUCGCUUUUAUCAACGUUGAUACCAUCACCGAUGGUGAAGCUGAUAUAGAGUUUCUAAACUUUGCUCCCCCCUUUGGUGUGCCAGGAGAUUUAAAGGCGGCAUAUAAUUUUCAAGAUAAAUUUGCCAAACAGUAUGACAAUUAUAAUCCUUUGACCGAUGUCGGUAUUUUGAUGUCGUUAAUGAAACCCAAAUCACAUGGAAGUGUCACUCUUAAGUCUAACAAUAUUCUGGAUUUUCCUUUAAUAGAUUUAAAUUACUUUUCUGAUCCCAAAGGCCAAGAUCUCGAAACAAUGUAUAAAGGUAUAAAAUAUAUUUUGUCCCUAGCUGAUACUGAAGCGUUUAAAAGCAUCGGAGCAACUUUUAUCAGCAAACAACCAAAUUGUGAACAUCUAAAAGACAAUGAUAGAGAGUACUGGUACUGUGCUUUUAAACAUAUGACCUCAACCGAAUACCAUCCUGCUAGUACGACGAGAAUGGGUCCAUCAGCAGCUGAUUCUGUUGUGGAUAAAAACUGUCUGGUGCACACAUUUAAAAAUCUAAGAAUAGUUGAUGCUGGGGUAGUUCCAGAUAUAACGAGGGGCCAUCUUAUGGCUGCGGUAUAUAUGAUUGCAGAAAAAAUUUCAGAUGUAAUUAAGAAAAAUUAUAAAAAAAUAUAA